UGAUCUCGUGUGUACCUUGACGCCUCUGUGUGAAUCGAGGUCUGCAGAAAGAUAACGGCUCGUGCCAGCCCAGAAACAAAAAACCGCUGAUCUCCGUCUUUGAUGUGCAUAUGUCGUUUAAAGCCUGUGUUCGCGUUUGUGUAGCUGCCAGCGUUGAUCCGAGGCCCGACUCGUACCGCCUCUCGUCCAUAUUCGCUAAUGGGAGCUCAGUAGCUAGCUAACUUGACGAUGAUGAUGAUGAUGAUGAUGAUGAUGCAUCAGUGGAAUAAUCCCGGUGUCUCUGACUGAGAUGGAGCCAGCGACGCUCAAGUGGAGUUGCUUGCUAGCUAGCUAGCGAGCUAACGGUGCCCGCCGGGGUUCAGUGUGCGCGAGCAGCCCCUGGAUAACGUUAGCUAAAUGGGUGCUGCUGCAGUUUCAUCGCACACGGUUUGCUGUAACGUUACCAGACAUUACCGCCCCUGUCCCCUGAUUUGAGAGAGGCUCACCAUGUCAACUAGCAAACGAUGCUAACUUAACCGUUAAGGUUAGCCACACGUGACACAGUUUAUCUCGCUCCAACAAUUAGCUACAUCUCUGGCCGUCCUUGGAUGCUUCAGUGACAUUAACUGGACGGUGUGUAUCAGGAUGGCACAGCUCUUGGACGGGGCCGGCAAACUGUGCUGGAUUCUGCUCAAGUCUGUGCUCCGCUUCGUCUUCAUGUUCUUCAACAACUGUGUAGCCAUCCCAUCCUACUGCUUAUACCUGGUGCUGCUGCAGCCCGUGAGAAUAUGGGACAGCUCCACUUUCUGGCACAUCGAGGGAGUCAUGUUCAAAUGGUUGCUGGCCAUGGUGUCUUCGUGGGGCUGGAUCGCAGGUUAUACAGUAACGGAGUGGGGUGACGAUGUACGGCCCAUCUCUGAAGAAGAAGCGAUGGUCAUCGUCAACCACCAAUCCACAGGAGAUGUGUGCACCCUCAUGAUGUGCCUGCAGGACAAGGGCAUGGUGGUACAAAAAAUGAUGUGGUUGAUGGACCAUGUGUUCAAAUACACCAACUUUGGCCUAGUGUCCCUGAUCCACGGGGACUUCUUCAUCAGACAGGGUAAAGCUCACCGAGACAAGCAGCUGAUCUACCUAAAAGAUCACCUAGACAAAUACUACCACAGCCGCGACAGGAAGUGGAUAGUGCUGUUCCCGGAAGGCGGCUUCCUGCGCAAGAGGCGGGAAACCAGCCAGUUGUUUGCAAAGAAGCAUUCACUCCCCCACCUGACCCACGUCACAUUGCCUCGUCUCGGGGCCACCCACGUUAUCCUGAAAACCCUGUCAGCCCAGCAGGAGAACGGCAGUGUGGGCGGUGACACUGGGACCCCAAACCAGACAGGUAAUAAACGUAAAGGCCUGCAGUGGGUAAUAGAUGUGACCAUAGCUUACCCCAAAGCCAAACCCAUGGACAUCCAGACCUGGAUUUUUGGCUACAGGCCUCCCACAGUCACACAUGUUCACUACAGGAUGUAUCCAAUAAAAGAGGUUCCUGUGGAGGCAGAGGCACUGACUGACUGGCUGUAUCAGAGGUUCGUGGAGAAGGAAGAGUUGCUGACCCACUUCUACGACACAGGAUCAUUCCCCGCUCAAGACGGACAGAAGGAGGCAGUGUCCCGGCAGAUGACCCUCGACCCCGUGUGGCUGUGCUUUAUCCAGACGUUUGCUUUCGCCUCCGGCUACAUGUGGUACAGUGUCCUCCAGUACCUCUACUGCUGUUUAUUUUGAGCACGCUGACGAGGCGAGCGUCUGUAUCGGACCACUGGAAAAGCCUCAGGAUCAGUUGGUGUGUGGCCCAGCGUCAUACUUGCCCCCCCCUACGAUGGAUGAAUGUACAUUUGCAACAGUGGAGAGACUAAACAACAGGAAACUAAAAAGAAAAAAACAUAUGAGAAACACACAGACGACAGAUACAAUAUGAAACUGGUCACAGGCAUAGUUAACUGCACACAACCCUAACACCACACACUCGCUCCAGCGGCCUAGCAGAAUAAUCUCUCACACUCGUCACGACUCACAUUUUGAUGUUUACACGUCCUCAUACACGUAGACGCUCACACGUACAUUACUUUUUAUUCGAAGUGAACGAAAUGAGGCUCAGGACUCCUCCAGAGGACGCUCUGGACCGGACUCUCUCUUCCCCUCCUAGGCUUUAGCCGUAGUAGUUUUACAGAGUAUAAAGUACGUAUGGACGUGUGUGUGAGUGAAUAUAUGUGACUAGAAGCAUAAUGUCUGCCCUUAUUCCUGGCGAGAGUUGAUGAAGCCCACUGGACCUCUCUUUUCAGCCCGAUGACUCGCCGGCCGGCCACACCUUCCAGAGCGAGCGGCCGUAUGAACGUUGAGGCCGCGCCGCCGGCUGCUCCUCUGGCCUUCAUUGCACUAAGGAUCCAUACUGCCCUAACUGCUCCCUGUCCCAGGAAAUAUUCCUGCGUGGUAGCUGUCAAUGUUUUAAUUUCUUUUUGUUUUUCUUCCCCUUAAACCUGCAUAUCUCCACGACAACGGCCAUUGUAUUUGUUGUUGAUGUCUUUUUGUUGACUUUUUGUUUCCGCCUGUCUGUCGAGGCAGUAUUCUGAGCUCACUGAGAAAAAAGGGGGAUCAUGUUUACACUGGCGGCCCUGCUGAAAGCCUAAAGGGAAGGCGGCUAUGAUGCGGCGCUCGAUUUAAGGAUUUGGUGUCAGACGUUGAGGAGAUGGUGCCGUUAUUUUAAAUAAAGGAAAAGGGGCACGCAGGGCGAGAAUUGCAGUCUGAUCACCUUAAAAAAAAAGUUCCUCUUUGUGGAUUCACCCUCUGCUCUCUAACAUGCAUACACACACUUACACACACACACACACACAUGUGCACACACCGCCAUGUGCAGCUACACACAGCAGAGUGUCUCGAAAAGGAUCAUCUCAGCAAGCCAGACUGAGAAGGAAGGCAGAGACUCUUCUUCCCCCAUCGGACUACAUAGUUUUACAAAUAUUUAAGCCAUAUGCUUAGUGUCGUCGGGCGGGAAACAGACAUGGGGGGGGAAACAUGGUUUUUAUAGGAAGCUACCCUAAUGUUCAGCAUUCUAAAAUAGAGAUUUUGGCUUACAGAACUAUAGGUGUCAUUACUGUAAAUUUACAGCAUAACCUGCCUAAGUGAGUGUGUGUGGUUGUCUCUCCCCCACCCUACCCCCCCUCCCCAUUUUUGAUAUAUAUGAUUCAUGUCGUGUUGCUCUGUGACGUCAGAGUGUGGCGGCAAAAAAUUUCACCUCGAGUGGUCGAAUUUGAGUUCAUUUUAAACCACAUGAAACUGUCGUCCUCAUGUCAUGGUAUGUUUAAAUCUUGUACAUAACAAAGCUGAGGAAGAGUUUUCAUCGUUGGAAAUGACGGCAGCGUUUUUGGUCCGUGAUGAUUUCAGAGGAUUUUAGUUUGAAACAUGAAUGUUUUUUUUGUUUUUUUUAAUUUAAGAAGAAAGCAAGGGUCGUCCCCUUCACUUCUCAGUGUUAACCCUGUUUAGUUUUUUUUGUUUUUUUGUUGUUGUUUUUUUGACCAGGAAGUUGUUUUGUGAGCUACUGUACGUCCGUGUGCUGGCUGACGCAACGUUUGCACAGUGACACAUGGGCCCAAACUUGUACCAUUGUACAUUUUAAAAUCAUCAGGAUCUUGUGGGAAAAACCUCGACAAUCAAGCCUUACCUGAUGUCCUGGUGGACCACAAUCCCAAAUAAUGCUGUUUCCUCACACCCCCCUCUUAACCAACUUUUGUUUUUAAGAUGGUUUCACGGUGUCGAGCGAGGAAAGGAUCACUCUUCACUACGGAGGGAAACUGGCAGGGCCCUGCAAUGACGCAGCUGUUCUCUCUCUCUCGAAUGUACUUGUGUUGUGGUUUUAAGGUCAAUUAUAUGUAAUUUGCUUAGCCUGCUUUAAUUAGGGAAAUUCUAGAGGAGCAGCAAUUAUCAUUGUCAUAAAACUAAUGCAUUAAAGGUGCAUUUUAGUAGUUUACAGCCCUCUCCGUGUGCCACUGUCAGUAGAAACUGUGUGAAACGCAACAACAAAAAAAGGGCUACCUUACUGGGUAGGUAAAAAGUUUUAAACCAGGCUGUAAAUGUGAUUCAUCCAGCGGCCCUAUCAGAUUCCCCUCCAUCGUGAGAGUGACUUGAAAUAAAGCUUCAUCUUUUUUCUUUUUUUAUUUCACCUUUUUUUUUUUUUUUUAAAUUUCUGACCAUGUUUCCAAAGAAGGCAGGGAAAUACUGUUUUCCUAGAUGUGGUUUUAGGAAAUAAACACAAUAGGGAUUUAAACAAAUUAUACUAGAGCUGUCUGUAAUUUUCCAUUUUGUACUUCUCCUUUAAUUCCUAGCUACACAGCCAUUUUACAACACAAAAGACUUGUGCUGGAAUAAAACAUCAUAAAGAUCCUAA